AUGAAGAACAGAAAACAAUGUAUUCAAGAUACUGAGGGUCAGAAGCAUGAAGGCAUGGAAGGUGAAGAAAAUGAAGAAAGCUGUUCCUGUUCUACAUCACUGUAUGACAGCGACAUGUGCCCCAUCUGUCUGAACUGCCUACUGGAACAAGAGAUUGGUUUUCCUGAGAACUGUGGCCAUACCUUCUGCAUGACUUGUAUUCUUAAAUGGGCUGAGGCAGAGGCUUCGUGUCCUAUCGAUCGCAGACCAUUUCAAGCAGUUUGCAGGCUUGGUGCAUUAGACAAGCAGAUAAAGGUUCAGGUUAAAAAACAACCAAGGAAGAAGAAAGAAGAGGAAAAGUGUGCCUGCCAUAAGGAAAAUUACAGCCAUGAGAAGAUGAGAAAUUUUGUGAGAAGAGCUGUAUGUCCAGACAGAGGGCCAUUAACAGCAAAAUUAAGCAAAGUUGUGAAGAAAAAAUACAGUAAUAUUUUAUAUGACAAACAAAACAAGAAAGCUUUGUCUGUGAAGAUAAACAAGCCCAGAAGAGAGACCUGCUGGAAUGAGUGCAUGAGAACUAAUAUCUUGAGUUCACUUCUGGCUGGUGGUAGCAGUGAGGAAUCCUUUCUGAGCUGUAGAAAUGACUGUACAGAAUUCUCAGAAGUCAAUGCAGGGAUCAGACAGAAGAGACAAGAACUGGAAUUGUCCUGUUCAUCUGUGAUUGCUAGAGUUGAAAGAGUUCCUUUGAUGUCUUACGGAGCUCAGGCUGAGACCUUUCUUCUCACUUCUACUGCAGUGGCAGGGACAAUUCUUCCAACAAACAUCAGGCCUUUGGAAAACUUUGAAUCUUUAGGCAAAGGAUAUGCCAUUGCGUGUACCCAAGAAGGAGAAGAGAAAAAACAAGCUUCUGGGUCAUCUGGCACUAGAGGAACUAGGAGGAAAUCAGCUAAUACUACUCCUAGAAGAAGAUCUGCACGAAACAGCAAAAAUGAGACCCUGACUCAAUCCCGGAGCUCACCUCGAUCGAGCAGUGCUGCUUGCAGUGCCCCUGAUGGCACUGACCCACCUCUGAAUAAAUCUCCUGCAGAACCAGAGAAAGCUCCUCCAAAGCGCAAGGCUAAAAGAGCAGUUAAACAAACACCUGUGGUUAAAAAGAAACUGAGAAGUUCUGCACGUUCUGAAAAAUCGCCCAGUGGUUCAGUGGAAGAUGAUGACAUUGCUGAGUCUGAAGCAGUUCUAACAUUAGAUAAAGACCAUCAGUCAGAUGAUGAAAGCAGUAACACAAGCCUUCCACAGAAGAAUAAUGUAGAGACAGAAUCUGCUAAUGGACUGGAAACCUGUAGUGCACAUGCAGAAAUUGAGGAAACCACAGGAGAAUGUGACAAAGUUCAGGAUACUUCAGGCAAUGCUGAUUUAAGUUUUUCUGUCCAAGAACCUCCAGUAUUAACUUUAGGAGGUGAAAGUCAAGAAUUUGAAGCAAAAGGUUUUACUGAAAAAGAUGUAGAUCUUGCCAGUCAGGACAUCUGUGAAAAUACUCUUGAACAAAUGGAAGCAGUAGCUAGUCCCAAAGAUGAUGUAUGUGACCAUGCCACUUUUGAAAAAGUAGAUCAGACAUCGUGUAGUCCUCAAAAUGAAUUAAUGGAGAAUGUAGAAACUUUAACAAAAGUAGAUCAACCCAUAGCUAGUCCAGAAGAUGAAUUGAUGGAAAAUCCUUUGGGAAAAGAUCAGCCGUUAGAGAGCCCCAGAAGUGAAUUGCCUGAGCAUCCUGAAGCCGUGGAAACAGAUAAUUCUGAGACUGAACUAAAAGCUGUAGUAGACUCUGCAAGUCCAAAAACUGUUCAAGAUGAAGAAUCAGGUAUAUUAAUACACAGUAUUUCUACAGACAGUACAUCAGAACAAUCCUUAAAGGAGAACACCAUUUCAGAAGGUGAAGAGGGUAGGACCACAGAGUCACCUCGGGUAAAUGCUGAACAUAAACAUUUUGGUGAAGAUAACAAUGAAAUGAUACCUAUGGAUUGUGACUCGCUUUGCAGUGACCAGAAUGAACCUCAGAUUGAGCAGUUACCACCAGCUGAAAGUACAGAGCAAGAAGGGAACUCCUUACAGUGUGAUGUGGGGAACUGUGCAUCAGUUUCUAAUGAAAAAGAUGAAACUGUUCCUCAAGAAAGAGAAUCCCAGACAGAACUCAAAGCAGAGAAAAAGACUCGAAUUAGAAGAUCUAGGUUUCACUCUCCAUCGACAACUUGGUCUCCUAGGAGAGAGGGCAGGAAAUCUCAAUCAUCAUCCCCUAAAAGGGAGGUGACCGGAGACAGGAGCUCACGAUCACCCAACAAGGAAACUGUGAGGGAGGGAAGGAGAUCCUUAUCUUGUUCUCCAAAAAGAGAGACACUCAAAGAUGAGAAGAAAACAUCAUCUCGAUCUCCCAAAAGGGAAACUGUCAGGGAAAGCAGGAGAUCAUCUUCUUGGUCAAGAACUAAGGAUUUGUCUCCAAGGCAAAAAUCUAGAUCUCGAAGCAGUGAUAGAGACAGUCAAAGAAGAGAUCGUGACAGAGAGAGAAGAAACAGGAGGUGGUCACGGUCACGAUCUAGGUCGAGAUCACGAUCUAGGACGAGACAUAAAGGUUCCUCGUUAUCUAGAAAUGAGAGGGAGAGUCAUUCACCUCGUUGGAAGGAGAGAUGGGCAAAUGACAGCUGGAGGAGUCCCAGAGGAAAUGAUCGAUACAGAAGUGAUCAAGACAAACAGAAUGAAAAUCUUAAAAAAGAGAGGGACAACGGAGAAAAAAGCAAUGAUGACCAGUGUUCUUCAGACAAGCAGAGGAAUGAUUGUCCAGACUGGGUAAUGGAAAGGAUAAACUCUGUUCCUGAAGUCAGGAGCAGAGAGAGAGAGAAAACCCAUUGGGAAGAUGGCAGGCAUGAUAAUUCAGGGCACUCUUGGAAUAAAAACUUUGGUUCAGGUUGGGUCCCCAGUCGAGGGAGAGGUCAGCGUGGCCGAGGUGGGCAUGGGCGAGGUGGUUUCAUGUAUGGAGAGCAGAGUGAAAAUCACUGGCAAAAUAGAAAACCUCUCUCAGGAAACUCCAGUGAUUCUGGGAAUGAGGCUUCAAGGUUCUCAGAAUAUCAGCCAUACAAGCGUAAGAAUGAACCGGAUUAUUCGUUCGAUACGCCUGCCGACAGGUCUGGGUGGACAUCUGCAUCCAGCUGGGCUGUAAGAAAGACUUUACCUGCUGAUGUGCAGAAUUACUACUCAAGAAGAGGACGCAAUUCAUCAAGCCCACAGUCUGGAUGGGGAAUGAGACAAGAAGAGGAGACACCUGAACAAGAUCCAAACCUCAAAGAGCAAGGCAAUCAGCAAAGUGAUGGUUCUCAGUUACCAAUAAAUAUGAUGCAGCAACAAAUGAAUGCAAUGCCACAAGUGAAUGCACAGCACCAACCUAUGAAUAUCUUCCCAUAUCCAGUGGGUGUCCAUCCUCCCUUGAUGAAUAUGCAACGAAAUCCUUUCAGCAUCCACCCUCCAAUGCCCAUGCACCUCCCUACUGGAGUGCCUCUCAUACAGGUAGCUGCUCCCACAAAUAUUGCUCAGGGAUUACCUCCUCCUCCACCUCCACCCCCACCAUCUCAGCAAGUCAGCUACAUUGCUCCACAGCAAGAUGGAAAACAAUUGCAGGGUAUUCCAAACGCUGCUCAUGUAAGUAAUAACAUGAGUGCUCCAGCCUUGCCUGCCUCAGCAGCAGCUCUGGGAAACGUGGGAACAGUUCAGGGACCAAGUCCGGGUAAUGCAGUGGCAUCAGGUCACCUCAAGAGCUCCAAUGCAGCUGUGAAACUGGGAGAAAACAAAAAACUGUUAAUUCAAGAAAAAGCAGCCCAAGAGGUCAAACUAGCUAUUAAACCUUUCUACCAAAAUAAAGACAUCACGAAGGAAGAAUAUAAAGAAAUUGUGCGGAAAGCUGUAGACAAAGUUUGUCAUAGCAAGAGUGGAGAAGUUAAUUCUGCAAAAGUGGCAAAUCUAGUGAAGGCAUAUGUAGACAAAUACAAGCAUUCACGGAAGAAAAAUCCUGAAGAGGUAGUCUCCUGUGAAAGGAAAUAG